CUCACUUCUCACUAAUGAGUAGACACUGCUUUCACAUUUACUCCUCUGUCUCUGAGCUAUCUAUCAUUCAGAUCCAGGUUUCUAUGAUAUGAACUGUUGUUACAGGCAUUGAAAACCUGAUAUGGUUAUUUAUCUACUAAAGAGGUAUUCCAUAAAUUAGAAUGAAUUGAAGUUUAGGGCAAGAGGAGAAUAAAAUGGAAGAAAUACAAUCGCAAUCCGAUAACUACAGGUCCUCAUCAUCUUCAGCAAGUAGCCCAGCUAGUAGGGUUCCCUCAAGCAACUUUUUCUAUUUGCGGAAACCGGGUUCACUUAGACAACCCAUCUCGUUUGAGGAUUCUCCAGAUUGGGGGGAUACUGAUAUAGAUGUUAGGGUCGACGAAGGGGGUGAUUCUAUCAAUGUCGCGACAACACCGGCUUCCCCAUCUCUCUCGAAGCUUAACAGUAUGUCAUUGCCUUCCCCACCGUUACCUGAGGGUGCAGCUGUGGCAAGAAAGAUUGCUGGGGCUUCGGUUGUUUGGAAAGAUUUGACUGUUACUAUAAAGGGGAAAAGGAAGUACUCUGACAAGGUUGUGAAGAGUUCAACUGGCUAUGCAUUGCCAGGAACCAUGACAGUGAUAAUGGGUCCUCCCAAAUCCGGGAAGUCCACGCUACUAAGAGCUAUUGCAGGAAGAUUGCAUCAUUCAGCAAAGAUGUAUGGUGAAGUGUUUGUGAAUGGGGCAAAAAUACAAAUGCCGUAUGGAUCAUAUGGCUUCGUCGAAAGGGAAACAACUCUGAUUGGAUCCCUCACUGUCCGGGAGUUUCUAUACUACUCAGCGCUGCUUCAGCUUCCUGGUUUCUUUUGUCGAAAAAAGAGUGUGGUCGAAGAUGCCAUCAUUGCUAUGUCACUAAGUGAUUAUGCAAACAAACUGAUAGGUGGCCAUUGUUAUAUGAAGGGCCUUCCUAGUGGCGAGAGGAGGCGUGUCAGCAUUGCUAGGGAGCUUGUGAUGAGGCCUCAUAUCUUAUUUAUAGACGAGCCUCUUUACCAUCUUGAUAGUGUAUCAGCACUUCUGAUGAUGGUUACGUUGAAGAAACUUGCAAGCAUGGGAUGCACUCUUAUAUUUACCAUUUGCCAAAGUAGCACGGAAGUAUUUGGCCUUUUUGACCGGAUUUGUCUGCUUUCAAAUGGAAAUACCUUGUUUUUUGGGGAAACAUUGGCUUGCUUGCAGCACUUCUCAAAUGCUGGAUUCCCGUGCCCAAUCAUGCAAAGUCCCUCUGAUCACUUUUUACGUGCAAUAAAUACUGAUUUCGACAGGAUUAUUGCAAUGUGUAAAAAUUGGCAGGAUGACAAUGGGGACUUUUCAUCAGUGAAUAUGGAUACUGCUGUAGCCAUCCGCACCCUUGAAGCAACAUAUAAAUCAUCAGCUGAUGCUGCUACAGUAGAAACGAUGAUUCUGAGACUCACAGAGAAGGAAGGUCCACUUCUCAAGAGCAAGGGAAAGGCUGGCAGUGCUACACGUAUAGCUGUUUUAACUUGGAGAUCGUUAUUAAUCAUGUCAAGGGAAUGGAAAUACUAUUGGCUUCGUCUCAUUCUUUCUAUGCUUCUUGCACUUUGUAUUGGCACAGUGUUUUCAGGCUUAGGGCAUUCUUUGUCUUCAGUUGUGACAAGAGUUGCAGCAAUAUUCAUUUUUGUCUCAUUUACAGCACUUCUAAGCAUUGCUGGAGUGCCUGCACUUAUGAAAGAAAUCAAGAUAUGUGCAAGUGAGGAAUCAAACCAGCAUUCUGGGGUGUUAGUCUUUUUAUUUGGGCAGCUUCUCUCAAGCAUUCCAUUCCUCUUCCUCAUCUCCAUUUCGUCAAGUCUAGUCUUCUACUUCCUCCUGGGCUUGCGAGAUGAAUUCAGCCUGUUAAUGUACUUUACGCUGAAUUUCUUCAUGUGCCUGCUGGUAAAUGAAGGGCUAGUCCUGGCUGUUGUUUCUCUGUGGAGGGAUCUUUUCUGGAGUGUCUUGACUCUGGUAUCCAUACAAGUCAUAAUGAUGCUUUCUGCCGGAUAUUUCAGAAUUCGUAAUGAGUUGCCGGGGCCAGUGUGGACAUAUCCCAUCUCUUAUGUCACAUUCCACACGUAUUCUAUCCAGGGGCUCCUUGAGAAUGAGUACCUGGGGACUACAUUUGCAGUUGGGCAAGUAAGGACCAUAUCUGGGUUUCAGGCUAUCCGGAGUGCAUAUGAGAUCUCUCCGGACAGCAAUUCCAAGUGGGGAAAUUUACUGGUAUUGUUUCUCAUGGCAGUCGCCUAUCGUAUUUUCGUUUUUGUUUUACUCUACUUUCGAAUAGGGAACAAAAGAUCCAUACAUAAAAUUUUGAGGUGUAAUCAGGAUACAAACACUGCAAGAUGAAUAAAUGUACUGUGAGCACGUCUGUUUUCUUGUGCUUUUGCCAUGGUAAAUUUAAUUAUGGAAAUAUGUGAUAUGAAUGACCAAAGUGCAUGAU